AUGGAUCAUUUAGCUAAGGACUGCUUAGCUUUUAGGGAAAUCAGGGGAGUUUAUGAAGAGAAAUGCAAUGCCUUAGGGGCCUAUAAUAAGCCAUUCUCUCAUACGUACAACCCUUGUUGGAGAAACCACCCAAAUUUCAGCUGGAAAGAUCCCAACCAAACACAAUCUUCUGGAGGGCAAUGGAGAAAUGAGCACCAGUCUCAACCAUCAAAAGCUCAACCUGCUCCUCAAUACAAUGCUCCUCCUCAAAGGAGUUCUCUUGAGAACACCCUUCAUUCAUUCAUGGAGGAGCAAGCCAAAAUAAAUCGUCAAAUGAUGGAAGAAAUCAAGGAAAUGAAAAGUCAAUUUUCAAAACUGACUGGAUCCUUGGAGGCUAAUGCCAUCACAACUAGAAGUGGUAAAGCUUUGGAAGAUCCACCAAUACCAAAUACUACUUCAAAAUUUCCAAAUGUUGUCUCUGAAAGUGUGCCAUCCAAUUCUUCUGCAAAAGUUCCAUUUCCCCAGGCUCUAAGACCUACUGGGAAAAUUCCUGAAAAUCGAGGAGAAAUCCUUGAGCACUUGACACAACAUCAUGUCAAGAAGACUGCUUUCUUGACUGAGCAACUUAGUGCGGUAAUUGAACAAAAGACACCACCAAAAUACAAAGAUCCUGGUUGUCCCACCAUUUCCUGUCAAAUUGGGACUCAUGAAUUUAGCCAAGCCUUGCUAGACUUAGGAGCGAGUGUCAAUCUCAUGCCUUUUUCUGUCUACUCACAACUUGGUCUUGGUGAAAUCAAGCCUACUUCUGUAGUCUUACAGCUGGCUGAUCGUUCUAUUAAGAAGCCUCGGGGUAUUGUUGAGGAUGUUCUUGUUCAAGUUGACAAAUUCUAUUACCCCGUUGACUUUCUCAUUCUGGAUACUCAAUCUGUGGUUAACAUGUAG